UACGGAAGAACAAAAACUCAUUCGUGCCCGACUGAAUUGAUGGAGACGCAACACGUAAUCGUUCCAUGGAUAAUAGUCUGCGCUAAACAGGAGAAAUCUAUAUAGGCUAUUGCUGCAGACCAGAAGAGCAAACGCCAAGCGGCAAGUCCGGGCAAAUCCAGAUAUGGGCAAACAGACGAAAUUGAACGGCGCCCAGAAAAAGAAAGGUUCGCCCAAAGGGUCGGACAAAAUGAACAAAACGCACGACUUUCCUAACAACAACAAUGGAAAUGAUUUGCGUAACAGAAAACGUCAGAAAGACCCACCACACAGCAAGCACCUGUUUAGGCGACCUGGCAGACCAAGGAUCGGCGUCGAUGCUACGGAUGACUGUUCUCACCACAUCUUUCCUCGCAAAGCGGAAGUCAUCGUGUUCCUAGUGACCCUUGGAGUUCGUUUAUAUUACGUCUCCCGGAAGAGGAAUUGGUGGAUUCUACAUCCGGAUGAGGUUUUCCAAAUCACUGAAGUUGCCCACUCUGAGGUGUAUGGGUACGGAUUCCGGGCUUAUGAGUACCAACCCCCACCCCCGGGCCACUUCAGCUCGCAGAGUGCAAAGGAUAUGGCCAGUCUCGGCAUGUACGCGUUAAGGUCCUUCAUCCUACCUAAGAUCUUCAUGUUCGUCUUCACACUGGCUGAGAUGGCCGGAAUAAAAGACCAGCCGUUUUUGGUUUCGAAGCUGUUCCAUGCAGCCGUAGCCUCCUGUCUUCCGCUCUCCGUGUACAGACUCACCAAGACGCUCUACUCGUCACGUGAUCUCGCUGUCAUGGCCGCCAUCAUGGCAGCAGCGUCUCACCACCUGACGAUGUUUGGGACGCAUGUUCUCGUCAAUAGCUUCCUGUCCCCUGUGGUCAUCUGGUGUGUCGCAGAGGUGUUGGACGCGAUAGCCAAGCAGAGUCCAUCUCCAAAUGGCUCUGCUGAAAGGAUUGACAACAACAACAUAAGUCCCAAUAAUACGACACCAGACAGCAGCAUCUGUUCGCAUUUGUCUCAAGACAACACAGAUCUCGGCAACUGGAGGAUAUUGCUGGUUGGCUUUAUCCUAGGUCUCUGCGCUUAUAUACGUGUUGAUCUAACAUUGUUUCUGGUACUGUUUUUCAUGCCAUUUACUCUUUUACACAUGAGGUGCUCUCUUCAAUUUUUCUUCCUAUUGGCCAAGUUCGCGGCGUCGUUUUUCGCGGGCAUGGCCACGGCUGGGGUGGAUGACUUACUGAGCUACGGUAAGUGGGGUUUGUCCGUCUAUCAGUGGGUAAAAUUUAACGUGGCAACGGGUCACACUGCUACGUUUUUCGGACAAAGUGGCGGAACGAGGUACCUAUACGAUAUUCUCUUGGUUGACUGGUUAUCGACGUUACUAUUCGCAACAACGGUCGCUGUGAUCGCUUUGCAGCUUGGCAGGUCGUAUUCCAGGAGUCCUCGUUUCAGCACUAGUUUAUCGCUAUUGCUGGUAGCGACCAUGAUGUUUUUAGUGUAUUCCUCUCAACCCCAUAAAGAGACCCGGUUCCUCCACAAUGCUGUUGUAAUACUGUGCAUUAUCCAGUCUUGGACGGUCUGGAAUGUGGUACAGUGGACCAAGCAGGCGUUGCAUUUUAGCGUGAAAUCCACCUCAGUGUCGGUAUUGGGUGUCACGUUUUUCUAUAUUUACUCAUCAUGGGCUACGUUUCCGAACUCCGCAGAUGACAGUCACCUACGAUGGGCUUUCCAGCGACAACCGGGCUCCCAUGACGUCAAUAAGUGUCUGUCAUACGUCAGCCAACAAAAUGACGUCACCGGAGUUUUCAAUGGGUUUUCCAUGCAGGCCACCGGUGGAUACAGCCUCUUACACAAAGACGUCACCUUCUUGACACUCGUUCGCCAGGAGUUCUGUGAAUAUUCAGUAGAGGCUAGAACCCCUUACAACAUAAGUAUUUCUUCAGUGAACAACGUAUCCGAUUAUAUCUCGUCAGAGAAUGUACCUUCUGUGUACAAAAUCCUUGUAGAAAAUCGGAUCUACAACUACGCAGUCGUUCCACGGGAAUCGGAUUUCAGUAAACUUGGCUACCUGGAGGUAUUUACUUCAGGGAUUGCGAAAGUCGUGAAACGGUCGCUAUCCCCAAGCUUGGUAGCUGCCGCCAAACAGUUUCUAGAAGGCUUACCGACCUGGACAAACGCUGCAGUGCUAGAGGAAGAAAGUAGCCGGCUACUCAGUUUUGGUCUCCCAUCCAAGGCCAUUCCGAGGCUACAGCGUGCCCUUUCAUUGAACAGGGAUAGAAUUCGUACAUACAAGCUGCUGAUGAGAGCCUUUGAAAAGACCGGAAAUGUAGAGGGGAGUCUACAUCUGCGGCAGGAUUGCUUCAGUCGUCACGGACAGGAAGCAUGUCUGGCCCCACUAAAACCUGUUGACCUAUAAAGGGCUGAUUUGAUGCAAUCUUUUAGCUAAGUUAAAGAUGGAC